AUGUUCGUUCCCUGUGGAGAGUCGGUCCCCGACUUCACGGGCUACACUUUCCUAAUGCCAGCAGUAUCUGUUGGAAAUGUUGGCCAGCUUGCAAUGGAUUUGAUUAUUUCUACACUAAAUAUGUGUAAGAUUGGUUACUUCUAUACCGAUUGUCUUGUGCCGAUGGUUGGAAACAAUCCAUAUGCAACUGCAGAAGAAAAUUCAACAGAACUCAGUAUAAAUGCUGAAAUAUAUUCAUUGCCUUCAAAGAAGCUAGUGGCUCUUCAGUUAAGAUCCAUUUUUAUUAAGUAUAAAUCAAAGCCAUUCUGUGAAAAACUGCUUUCCUGGGUGAAAAGUAGUAACUGUGCCAAAGUUAUUGUUCUUUCAAGCAGUCAUUCAUAUCACCGUAAUGAUCUACAGCUUCGCAGUACUCCCUUCAGAUACCUACUCACACCUUUUGUGCAAAAAAGUGUUCAAACUAAAAUAAUGAGCCUUAACUGGGAAGAAAUGGAAAAAAGCCCAUGCAUUCCUGAAAUAGAUGAUUCUGAGUUUUGUAUUCGUAUUCCUGGAGGAGGUAUCACAAAAACAGUCUAUGAUGAAGGCUGUUCUAAAGAAAUCCCAAUGGUGGUUCUGCUGAAAUUUGUUUCAGAAGGAGACAAUAUCCCAGAUGCAUUAGGUCUUGUUGAGUAUCUUAAUGAAUGGCUUCAGAUAAUCAAACCAUGUGGUGAUGACCCCACAGCAUCUGCCUUGAAGUGGAAAAUGCCAAGUUCAUGGAGAUUACUUUUUGGUAGUGGUCUACCCCCUGCGCUUUUUUGAUCUUUUUAGUUUUAUACCUUAUGUCCCAAGACACUUAUUACCAACACAACUGUUAAAGAACUAUAUAAAAAGUUAUAUUAUCUGAGAAUGUAUUAGAAAGUAAAUCUUUACUUUUCCCAAAAAAUCUCAAAGAAAAUGGAUUAACAAAAAGUUCUUUUGCCAUGCUUUUCACUGUAUUCAACAGAUGUAAAUUUUGUACAAUAAAAUAUUUCCUAAGUAAUUUUGUCUGAAA